GCAAAGACUUCAAAGACUUUUGGUAAACGAAAAAAAGAAAUGAUGAUGAAGAGAAACAAGAGGCUUUUCUUCUUCCUCCUCUCCAUCUUCUUCUUUGUGGAACUCAGCAGAGGACAGAAGAAUAGAAGAACCCAAGUCAAUAUUGGUGUUGUAACAGAUGUCGGGACAAUGCACUCGGACAUUGAAAUGCUCUGCAUCAAUUUGUCUCUCGCCGAUUUCUACUCUUCUCGUCCUCAAUUUCAAACAAGGCUUGUUCCCAACAUUGCGGACUCUAGAAACGAUGUCGUUGGCAGCUGCUGCAGGUACCUUACAUCUACAUUAAACAUAUACAUACACAACCAAAAUUCCUCACCUAACCAAUGUUUUCUUCGUUUUGACAUUGUAAUAGCUCUUAAGCUGAUAAAGAACAAGCAAGUGAUAGCGAUUUUGGGGCCAUGGACAUCCAUGCAAGCUCAUUUCAUUAUCGAUAUUGGACAAAAAUCGCAGGUGCCGAUUGUUUCAUACUCCGCAACAAGCCCGUUUCUUACUUCUCUCCGCAGCCCAUACUUCUUUCGAGCUACAUAUGAGGACUCCUUUCAAGUGAACGCCAUAAGAUCUAUCAUCAAGCUGUUCGGGUGGAGAGAGGUCGUGUUUGUUUACGUCGACAACACGUUUGGUGAAGGUAUAAUGCCACACCUUACUGAUGCAUUACAAGAGAUCAACGUUCGAAUACCAUACAGAUCUGUUAUCUCUCUCAAUGCAACUGAUCAUGAAAUCUCUCUUGAGCUUUCUACGAUGAUGACCAUGCCCACAAGAGUGUUUAUUGUCCACAUGUCCUCUGCUCUUGCCUCAAGAGUCUUUACUAAAACUAAGGAGAUUGGUUUAAUGAAACCAGGAUAUGUUUGGAUCGUUACCAAUGGACUUGCUGAUGACUUAAGUUCGAUAAGUGUGACGGGUAUUGAAGCUAUGGAAGGGGUUUUGGGUGUUAAAACUUAUAUUCGGAAAUCCAAAGACCUCGAUAACUUUAGAGCUUUGUGGAGGAAGAGGUUCCCGGGGAUGGAGCUGAAUGUAUUUGGAUUAUGGGCUUAUGAUACUAUCACCGCGCUUGCUAUGGCCAUUGAAGAAGCUGGAACAAAGAACAUGGUCUUCAAUAAUGUGGAUCUUGGAAGGAAUGUGUCAGAACUCGAAGCUCUUGGUUUAUCUCAUUACGGGCCAAAACUUCUCCAAACACUCUCACGAGUUCAGUUCAGAGGACUUGCAAGAGAUUUCCAUUUUGUUAAAGGGCAACUGCAACCAUCGGUGUUUGAGAUUAUAAAUGUAAUCGGAACCGGAGAAAGGUCAAUAGGAUUCUGGACGAAAGAAAAUGGCCUUGUGAAGAAACUACUCCAAGAACCACAAAGCAUGGGAGCUUUAUCUACUUGGCAAGAUCACCUUAAGCAUAUUAUAUGGCCUGGAGAGGCUAAUUCUGUUCCCAAAGGAUGGGAGAUCCCAACAAACGGGAAGAGGUUACGCAUUGGAGUUCCAAAGAGAUCUGGUUACACUGAUCUUGUAGAGGUCACAAGAGAUCCUAUCACCAAUUCACAAGUAGUCACAGGUUUUUGCAUAAAAUUCUUUGAGGCCGUGACACAAGAAAUGCCUUAUGACGUCUCAUAUGAUUUUUUUCCUUUUGAGACAUCUGACGGUAAACCUGCCGGGGAUCACAACGACCUGGUCUACCAGGUGUAUCUUGGGAAAUAUGACGCGGUUGUAGGAGAUACGACUAUACUAGCAAACAGGUCUUCUUAUGUUGACUUCACAUUUCCUUUCACUAGAUCAGGUGUGGGGUUAAUUGUCCCUGUAGAAGACCAAGUGAAAAGAGAUAGUAUCAGUUUCUUGAAGCCUUUAACAUGGAAACUAUGGAUGACUUCUUUUUUCUUCUUCUUCCUCAUUGGCUUCACUGUUUGGUUAUUGAACAUAGGAUUAACCCGGACUUUCGUGGACCGGCUAAGUACCAAGUCAGUACAAUCUUCUGGUUUGCCUUCUCUACCAUGGUUUUUGCUCCAAUUGUGGUUUCCAGGAGAAAGAGUGUUCAGCUUUGGAGCUAGGGUUCUGGUUAUCACAUGGUACUUCAUCGUGCUAGUGUUGACUCAAAGUUACACGGCCAGCUUAGCGUCUCUAUUGACAUCACGACAACUUGAUCCAACCAUAACCAGCAUGAGAAGUUUGCUUGAGAGAGGAGAAAACGUUGGAUAUCCAAGAACAUCAUUCAUCUUUGGAAAGCUUGUAGAAUCCGGUUUCGCUCGAUCCAGUCUUAUACCCUUUGACUCCGCGGAAGAAUGCGACAAGCUUCUGAGUAAAGGAUCAGUAAAAGGCGGUGUCUCUGGAGCUUUCUUGGAAAUACCAUACACGAGACUCUUUCUUGGACAAUACUGCAAAGCUUAUCAAAUGGUUGAAGAACCCUUUAGCGUCGAUGGAUUCGGUUUCGUUUUUCCGAUUGGAUCACCUCUGGUUGCUGAUGUAUCAAGAGCCAUCCUAAAAGUGGCAGAAUCACCCAAAGGGAAGGAGCUUGAGGUUAGAUGGUUCAAAAAGAAAGAUGAAACCUGUCCGGAUCCAGUCACUAAUCCAGAUCCGAAUCCGUCUACAUUAUCUAGGCAGCUUGGGGUAGACAGUUUCUGGGUUCUGUUUCUUCUUGCCUUUGCAAUGUGCAUUUUCACCCUCGGGAGAUUCACCUUCUUUUUCUUCAAGAAGAGUCAAAUGAAUAAUUUGUGGCAAGAGUUCAAUGAACCAGAUGGUGAUUCUUACAUCAACAAUGUGGAGAUUUGCCCGUGUUCUUCAAGCAGACACAUGCCUGAAAACACCAGUCAGGAAACAAACCAAGCAGAUGACGAGUAA